UCUGGGUUUGUGUUGUUCCCUUCCGCCGUCUGAACCGAGAUACUGGGAUCCUAAGGCGGAGGAUCCGCGGUGGAUGGCCAAGCGAACGGGCGAGUGCGGACGCUAACGCGAAGCGAAAGGCCGGAGCCGGGCGAAGGCUGAGUGAGGCGGCGGCUACCGGGCCCCGGCUAAGCAGCUCCUGCCCCUCCUCCUCCCCUCGCGCAGCUUAACAGUUUACAGAUUAUGGAUCCAAGUUUAUUAAAAGAGCGAGAGCUAUUCAAGAAAAGAGCCCUCUCAAAUCCCUCUGUAGAAAAACGUCCAACACUUUCGGAGUCAUCAUCAUCAUCAUCAUCAUCAUCAAAGAAAAAGAAAGCUAAGCUCGAGCAGGGAGGGUCAUCAGGCUCAAAACAAAAUUCAGAUCACAGUAAUGGAUCAUUUAACUUCAAAGCACUCUCUGGAGGCUCGGGUUACAAAUUUGGAGUCCUCGCGAAGAUUGUAAAUUACAUGAAGACCCGACACCAACGAGGUGAUACACAUCCCCUGACUUUAGAAGAAAUUUUGGAUGAAACCCAGCAUUUGGAUAUAGGACUCAAGCAGAAACAAUGGCUGAUGUCUGAGGCAUUAGUCAACAACCCCAAAAUUGAAGUAGUAGACGGGAAAUAUGCGUUCAAACCCAAGUACAACCUGAAAGAUAAAAAAGCAUUGCUUCGGCUCCUAGACAAGCAUGACCAGAGAGGCUUAGGGGGUAUCCUCUUAGAAGACAUCGAGGAGGGACUGCCCAAUGCCCAGAAAGCCAUCAAGGCUUUAGGGGACCAGAUCAUCUUUGUCACUCGUCCUGAUAAGAAGAAGAUCCUUUUCUUCAAUGAUAAGAGCUGUCAGUUUACAGUGGACGAAGAAUUUCAAAAACUUUGGAGGAGCAUCACUGUGGAUUCUAUGGAUGAGGAGAAGAUUGAAGAGUAUCUGAAGCGACAGGGUAUUUCUUCUAUGCAGGAGUCUGGACCAAAGAAAGUGGCUCCCAUUCAGCGGAGGAAGAAACCAGUCUCACAGAAGAAGCGAAGGUUCAAGACUCACAACGAGCACUUGGCCGGGGUCUUGAAGGAUUACUCUGACAUUGCUCCUGGCAAACAAUGAGGGUUUCCUUCUGAUCAGCUGCAUUCAGGAUGUCGACUGAACAUGCUCAGGCUGGUGUCAGCUGGAGGGUGGGCCCCUCCUCCCCCAUCCAUGGAGAGGAAACAGCUCAGUUUACAAAACAGGUGUGAGGUCCCAGCCUCCUCCAAGCUUGCUUUGAUUGACUGACUGUGAGGUAAUUCCCUCAUUCCGGAUUCCUUCACCUUGCAAAAGGCGUGCCUGCUGGCGUCAUCGUUGUUUGAUGUUUAACUAACUGCUUCUGCUCCUGGUUCCAUUUUUCCCUUUUGUUUUGCAAGUUUGCAGUUAGACUCGAAAGCAAUAUGUAUUUCUUUUCGGAGAUGCUAUUUAUA